CCAUGCGCCCAUAUCGGAUGUUGUGAUGAAAUGCAGAGAAGAGCUGCAGGCAACCCUGUUCUCCGUCGUCUUUCUCCUGGGGAUGCCCUUGCACCUUUCCGCUUACGAAGCGGUACAGGAAGAGGAGACCAUCUUCGCGAAGAAGCCCUGCCCGGCUUUCCUGGUGUUCGACAACACUGCGUACUUGGCGGACAUGACGAUUGAGCUUCCCUGCAGCUGCAAGCCCGAGGGGGUGUCCUCCGUGGUGUGGUACUACCAGAAGCACCUGGGCGGCGAGGACGCCGCGGCCCUGACGGAUCACAACGGCACGAAGGUGGUCGACGCAGCGGAAAUCGCGACGGGGUCGGACAUCCGGAGUCGCUUCUCCAUCCGCCUCUUCAGCCUCUUGAUUUUCCGGUCGCGGCCGGCCGACUCGGGCCACUACACGUGCGGGACGGCGGGAGGGCAGUUCUUCUAUGGCUACGACGUGGACGUCCAGGAGGCUGGCAAGGUGUCCUUCUCCCCGGAGCUGCCGGGGCAGUGGAGAGGCGCCGCCGGGACGGGGCCCUACCGCGUCUUCACGGGCUUCUGGCCCUGGUCCGUGUGCGACCGCUGCGGGGUCCGAGGGGAGCAGACCCGCGUGGGGCUGUGCUACCUGCAGACAGACUACCUCUACGGCCGCUACAGGCACUCCCCGCCCCGGGUGGCGUCCUGUGGGUCCGCGUCCGUCCCCCGGCGCUUCAAGGAGGAGCUUCAGGAGAGGAGAGCGGAGCUGGCGGUCCGCCGCUGUCUCGCGGCUUGCCCGCCUGAACCGACGUUAUCACCUGGGGAGAAGUCCCUGCUGGAGUUCCUGGGCUAUGGGCUUAAAGCACCCCGUGUCCCAGUGAAAUACUACACCCGUCCAGUGGGCUACCCUCUCGUCCUCGCUUGCCCCAAUGCUAGGCCCCAGCACGCCGUAGCCUGGGACAAAGGCAGGGUCCGGCUCUACCGCUCCAGCUACAUGGAAGGGCUCAGCAAUGCCACACGGAUAUACCUGGACUCCGGCCACCACCUGCACUUUCGUCCGCUGCAGCUGGAGGACAAGGGCACCUACUACUGCUGGCUGCAGGGCAGGGUAGCUGCGAAAGUAAGGCUCAGUGUGACCAUGCGCUCAGGUGUCAAGAGGAAGCUCUCGGACCCCGAGUCCAUCUACGCCCUGAAGACCAUUUUGUUGAGCUACACUGUGUUCACCAUCCUCUUUGUCCUGAUUAUAGUCGUGAGGCUCUUCUGGAAUUGUCUCGCAAACAACCGGGCACCAUGUUGACACUUGUGCUACUACUACUACAGCUGUUACAGUUAAAUAAAAAAGGCUGCUGUAUCUCACAUGGUGGAAAAUGCUGUCACUGGAUAAUUAAGUCCUCAAAAAACAUGUAAUGCAGAGGGG